CCCGCCCCGCCCCGCCCCGUCCCGCCCCGCCCCAGGCACUGAUAAGGCGCACACCAGGCUGACGAGGAGGACCCGCUGCUGAAGGAAGGCUGUUUGGACUUGAGACAAUGAGUGUUCCGCUGUGUACGAUCGACCCGGGGCUGAAGGAGUUGAUGCGUAAAUUCCGCUUCCGCCGUGCCACGACCAACGCAGCCAUCAUCAUGAAGGUCAACCAGGCAGCCUCGGAGAUCGUUCUGGAGGAGGAGUUGGAAGACCUGGAAGAUGUGGAUGCACUCCGCUCAUCCAUCCCGGACACUCAACCGCGCUAUGUUCUCUUCUCCUGGCGGAUAGAGCAUGCGGAUGGCCGGGUGUCUUUCCCAAUGGCCUUCAUCUUUACCACACCCCGAGACUCCCAGCCGAAGCUCCAGAUGAUGUACGCCGGGAGCUACAGCCACGUCGUCAAGGAGUGUGAGUUGACCAAGGUGUUCCAGAUACGGGAUUUGGACGAGCUUGACGAAGAGUGGAUUCAGACCAACCUCGUAAAGUGAUGUGUGUGUGUGUGUGUGUGUGUGUGUGU